CCUCGAGACGUGAACACGUUUUCAAACGUUUUUCAUACGCACAGAAGCAAAACGUAUGUAUAUAUAAAUGUGAAAGUGCGGAAGUGUCUUGUGCUUUGCUGUACGAUAAAGUGUUAGAUGUUCUGUGAAAGUAAUUGUUUUUUCUAAGCAAAAAGGAUUCGUCUUUGUUAUGAUUUCCACAUAAUGUACCCGCUCUACGUAGAGGCCCUGCCUUGAGGCAACAUGAGAGUCAAAAGGAGCGUGCACGUGAGGCUCAUUGCCUUAUGUACGACAUGCAUGCUGCUCCAAGCGAUGGCGUGCCCCUCGCAAUGUAUAUGCAAAUGGAAAAACGGAAAACGGUACGUAGAGUGCUCGGAGAAAGACCUCAAAGCGAUACCCGACUCGCUUGACUCUGAAACACAAGUCCUAGACUUCACCGGCAACGAUCUUCAAGUGCUGCAAAAGGAAACCUUUCACAAACUCAAACUGAUCGAUCUGCAGAAGAUUUACUUGCAGCGAUGUCGACUGCAGAAAAUAGACAGCCAAGCGUUCAAAGGUCUCGCUAACUUGGUGGAAUUGGACCUUUCCAACAAUUAUUUGAACCUCGUACCCUCGAGUAACUUCGUGUUUAUCCCGUCGCUAAUGAGACUGUCGAUCAAUAACAAUCCAAUCGCGAGUAUCAAAACACAUUGUUUCCAACAUCUCUCCUAUCUGAACACGUUGGAGCUGAGCGAUUGUAAAAUAGAAGCGAUCGAGAGAGACGCAUUUGCCGGUUUGAAUCACCUUGAAUGGCUGCGACUGAGCGGGAAUAAACUAUCGAAUAUUCAGGGAGAAAAUUUAUUUCCCGAUACGCUGCGGGGGAUCAACCUGCAAAAUAAUAAUUGGAACUGCGAUUGCCACUUGAGGGAUUUGCAUAGUUGGCUGUUGAAUUUCAAUAUGCCGCACGCCGUCGAGCCCGCUUGCUCGCUUCCAGAACGCUUGAAGAAACGGACCAUCACCAGCAUUUCGGAGAACGAGCUGGCCUGCCUACCGAAAAUGAGCCCUACGUCUGUGUACGUAGAGACGAACGCCGGCAACAAUGUGACGCUCGAAUGCUUAGUGAAAGCAAUCCCCGAAGCGAAAAUAACGUGGUUAUACCAGGGACAGAUCAUUCAUAAUUAUUCGACCAUGUCGCCGGAUCCCCGAAUAUAUUACGUCGAGAACGGCGUCACCGACAAAAAGAGUGAAUUGUACAUUAUGGGCAUAAGUAACGAGGAUAACGGUACGUACACAUGUGCCGCUGAGAACCCCGCCGGUCGGGCACGUGCCAAUUACACGCUCAGGAUCCUAGUGAAAGAGGAACCGGUCGUUAUCGUUGUGACCUUCCCACACAGACAUCUAGUAGUCAUUGUGACCGUUGUAUUCCUAAUUAUAGUGUUGCUAAUAGCCAUAAUCGCCGUAGUCAUGUUGAAAUUCAAAACCGAUACGAGGAGUCGUAAGAAAAAGGAAAGCGGCAAGGACGUCGCUUUGUGCAAUCAGAUACUGCCAUCGAGUCGCAGCAAUGGUAACAUACCUAAAAAUAACGGGAGCUUAAUAGUGAACGCGCACUCUCAUCACGCACUGCACUACACGGUACAAACGAACCGUGAUUACGAGCCAAGCGAUGUGUAUCAAAGCAAUAACAUGAAAGGCUUCGUCGACAGAAAUCCCGACCUAAUUAGCGACGCGGAAACAGUAGCAAACAAUGCGCAAAACGAGAACACAGCGUUAUCAGUGUACAAAGCGCAGAGCGUGGGGGGCGACGGGUUUGAAGAGGAGACCGUAUUCACGGCAGCCUCCGUGCCGCGGCAGGUCACGUGGCAAGACCAACAGCCCGUAAACAACAUGAACUUGCCGCAAAACACAUUAAACAAUAUGUACCAGCACUCAGCUGACGUGCACCUCAAUCCGGGCUGCUUCCUCGACAGCGAAGGCUAUCCGUACGAUUAUGGUCUACCAAAGCAUCCGUGCCGACCUCCCAUUAUGUCAAAUUAUUCGGUUGUUGGCCCGUUUUACCAGACCUUACCCCACAACAGGCCUAAGAACCAGAAAUUAGUUUGCAAAUUCGCGAAAGACACAGAGUUCAAUACGGCACAGCCGACGUGCCCUAAUUUCGAAAUGUACAAUAUGACGACGAACGUGCGCCGUACCUUAGAGGGCUACCCCGUUCCGAGAAACAGGCAAAUAGCUUUUGUAGGGAACGGCACUGUGUAUUACAAUGACGAAUUCGUUCCUUCGCCACCGGAAGGCUACAAAACCGACCCGAUGCAGUACUGCGCAACCGAACCCUGUCCGUCGUGGAACCCUAAAGGGACUUGUGCAGUCAUGGUGCCCAUGAGUGUGACGGAGGGACCCGGACGAUGUUACCAAGUUGAGACUAGAUGCGUGGACACUCAGACCAGUGCGUCGGACGCUCGCAUGCCCGCGGAAGGCAUCGAGAGCGUCCUCAAACCUUUACCGCAGGUAUCAAAUGUGAAAUGUGCCGGGGAUAUUUGUUCGGAGAGCCCUGACGAGGGCUACGUGGGGGACGCUAACGAUAUCUGACGUCGUCGCAACGAAAACACGUAGGCGGUGUUAAGACGCUCCUAAAAUGAUAAAGCGACUGAGUAAAAUAGUUUUGUAUAUAUAAUGGCGGCGGUGUAUCACGCAUAUACGAAUUUCGCGUUGCUCGGCGAUAAGUCGGGAGUGCAGUGAACGUUUUAUCGUAGAAAAAUGUUUUUUGUACUGUUCGAUUUGACGAAGCGUGUUUAAUGUAUGGAUCUCUCUGUUUUGCAUUUUUAUAUGUAUGUUUUUUAUAGAAUGUAUGUGAUAGUUUCUUUCAUAGUGUACUAAAAUACAUACAAAGAAGUGAAUGAUAUUUAAUUAAUAGUUUAUUUUGUUUUUAGCCUAUAGCACCAAUAUAAUAAUAUUUUUUUGGAGAUAUUUCUAUAUUACGAUAUAAUAAUAUGUAUAAUAAUGUUUUAUGUAACAUAUAUUAGAAGUUUUUGACAGUUUUCAUGGUCAAGGAAGACUUAAACUGCGUAUAGUUUAUUACUUAAAUAUCAUAAUCGUUCUAGCAUCUGCCUCAAGCCAAUCCUACUGUACUUCGGACGUAUUUCCAGAAAAGACAAAGACAAUUUUGAAAACCUGCUGAUUAGUGGCAAAGUGGAAGGAAAAAGAUCGUGGGAGCGCAAUCCAUUGCGUUGAUCUGACCAGGUCCACACUACUCGAUUCCACAGUAUACGAUGCGCUCAGAGUAGCUUUUUUUUAUUGCCCUUGUAGGCAGACAAGCAUACGGCUAACCCGACGGUGGGUGGUUACCGUCGCCCAUGGACUUCAGCAAUGCCAGGGGCAAAGCCAAGCCGCUGCCUACUGAAAGCCGAAGCCUAGCUGAAGACAAGACGAGAUGGCACAAUGUCGUCAGGAUGAAACUUAUAGAUGGAGGUGAUCACGACCCUUAGACGUGAUGAGCACGACCGCACGAGGAAGAUCACAAUCGUCUGUAGUCAAUUUGAAUAAACAUAAAAUAAUUCCUUCUCUACAUUACUGAACCUUUCGGUUAUCACGAAAAAUAAAUCAUUCAAAACUACGAAAACGAAUGAAAUAAAACAUCUAAUAUUUGCAUUUACAGUCUUCCGUGACCAGUGAAUUGAAAAAUCAAAUUUGUGAAUUAUUUAAUUCAAGUAGAAAAUUUAAUUGUUUUGUUCAGGUAGAGCUUUACAGGCGCUUUUUAAAUAGUUAUCUUUAACACCGAUUCAUAAUGCAUUUGCACCAUUGAGAAGACACUGCAAGAGAAUCAAGACUUGCUCGGUUUCAAUUAUCAUAUUUAUAAAAUGUCAUUAAAUUAGUACACAUAACAAAACAGAACUAAAAUACCGAGCAUCGGCCGGCUUUCUAAGCUUCAGAUAAGAAAAUGAGAUCAAAGCAUAAGGCUUUCUUUCAAUCACUAAGAAAACUAUAAAUGAGUUCAUUUUAAUAUUGUCAUACACAUUGCAAUUAUAGCUUUAAUUUGAAAUGGACUUUCGCUCUGAGGAAACAGCUCUCAUUCACGUUACAUAGCCUACAAUUUUUUUUAAAAUUGUGUGUAAAUAAACCUUGUAAAUAUUAGAAUUUGUUUCAAAUGUAAUGUAGGUCUCAUUAAGUAAUACUUCGAUAUCAGGGUAAUUCUCCCGUUGUAUAACGAUGAUGUGUUAUGGUACUUUUACGUGCAAGACUAUGGAAAAUUCGAGUUCUUACUCUGUGCCCAAACAUCGGAGAUUAUACUUAUUUGAUGUUACAAAAAAUUUACAAAAUAUAUACACUGGUGGUAGGACCUGUUGGACACUUCUACUGGUGGUAGGAUCUCCUGUGAGUCCGCGCUGGUAGGUACUACCACCCUGCCUAUUUCUGCCAUGAAGCAGUAAUGCGUUUCGGCUUGAAGGGUGGGGCAGCCGUUGUAACUAUACUUAGAGCUUAUAUCUCAAGGCGGGUGGUGGAUUUACGUUGUAGAUGUCUAUGGGCUCCAGUAACCACUUAACACCAGGUAGCCUGUGAGCUCGUCUACCCAUAUAAGCAAUAAAAAAAAACAUGCAGUAAUAAGUUGAUUUUCGUUGAAUUUUUUUAUAUACCUUUCAGGCAUACGAGCAUACGGCCCACCAAAUGGUGAGUGGUUACCGUCGCCCAUGGACUUCAGCAAUACCAGAGGCAGAGCCAAGCCGCUGCUUACCUUUAAAUAUCUUCCUAGAUGCAUCAAACAAGUAUAAUAUCCAAAAUAUUGUCGUUUCCGGGGUAGAAGACGCGAGAGUGGGCGUCACAUAAGAUGUCGUGAUACCACUUAAUUGAAGCUUGCCUUGGACGUCCCCGUUUGAUAAAAAGUUUGGGCACAGAAUUCGUUUUUAUUUUUUUGUUACUUUUACAAAGCUGUUUACGAUUUUCCGUUUACUUUUAGCAUUUUAUAUUAAAUUAUAAGUACAUAAGAAUAUUGUUGGUUUUAGUAUAGUCUUGUAACGUUAUAAGUAAGUACACAAUAUCAUUGAUCUAUGUGUUAUUGUCGUUUUGACGUUUAUUUCUAAUUGAUUAUUGUUCUUCAAUUUAGUAAUAACUAGACGAUGACCUUUUUUUUUGAUAACGCCAUCUUGUUGUGUCUUUAAAGCAGUUAAAUGCUCUCAUUUAAAAAAAAUAGUAUUAUUAUUCGCCAAUAGAUGUCGGGAAGAGUCAUAAAGUUGAUUAUUGAAAACACGAGAACAAAACAACAUUUUCUGAAAAUAAGUCGUAGCUAGAUCGAUUUAUCGCCCCCGAAAUCCCUACUAAAUUUUAGGAAAAUCGUUGGAGCCCUUUCCGAGAUUUAGAUUAUAUAUAUAUAUAUACAAUAAUUGCUCGUUUACAGGUAUAAGAUGUAUAUGAAAUUACAAUUAUUCUUAACGGCUUAUCCCAUACAGUCUAAUCAAGCAUUUUCGUGUCGACAGUCGCUGUAGGAAUACAUUUGAUACUUCAAUGGUAUAUCUAAAUUGACUUCCAUGCUGUAGUUUCCAUGAGUGAGCCAUGAUCAACUGUGAGAUAUCCUGGGCUAUUGGCGUAGUUGGUCUUAGCUAGUAAAAUAAUAUCACUAGCAAAAAAAUCUUUGCUAGAGAGAAUAUUAUUAUAGAGGUAUAUUUACAGACGCAAAAACACCAGUUCUGUGUUUUCACUAAUUACGGCUUUAUUUUUUAGCCAAGCUGAGGGAUAUUUAACCGUGUAGCGGUUCAAAUUUUUUCGUUUUCUUUUUUGUUGUCCUUAUAGGCCGACGAGCAUAUGGGCCACUUGAAGGUGAGUGAUCACCGUCGUUCAUGAACAUCUGCAAUGACAGGGACAGAGCCAAGUCGCUGCCUACCGUUAAAUGAACCAAAUUUCUCACAGUACUAGAAUGACAUUUGUAACUUUAUUGGAAACAGUCUUAAAAGAGAUACUUUGGCAUUUUUGACGCUUUGUACGUCAAGACUGAUUUUGUUACCCUCCCUUUUACUGGACAUUGUAAUAUGAGAGUGCCGAUGCUAAUAGAAAGUGCGGCAUAAAAGAUUUAACGGACGAUUGCUAAUCCUAUGACUGAGGCAUCCUUUUGUAAAAGAGCAAUGGAGUCCACUAACCCUUUGAAGUGGACAAAGGCACUGGAAGUUCGAGCUUUUAUCAGCACGUGGAACAUUUGUUGAAAGGCUUCUAUUGCUUUCUGAAAUUGAGAUUUAUUGGAUUCAAAUUAAAAUGAAUUUCAAAUGUAUUGGAAACGAGACUUAACAUAUUAUUUUACAUAACAUAUUUCUAUUUUUUAUUAAUUGUCUAGAAAAAAACGUCAAAAAGACACCAAUAGGAAAAAUCUUAUGUAUUAAUUAUUAAUAGUAACACUUUAGAUACUAUCUUUUGUAUGAAGAGCUUUCAGUUUUGGAAGUUCAUAAGUAAACAUAGCAAUAAUUAUUUUAGUUGAAAGCGCCACGUGAAAGUGGUUCAGUACUAAUGUCUAGGUUCAAACUGUAAUAUUGUUUCUAUUUUAUUUUGUAACCAACAAACCUUCACUUAGUCUUUUAUAAAUUAUUGUUUAAUUUGAAACAAAACUAAAAUUGGUUAAUGCAUUCUAUAAUUUUCACAAUAAAAUGCGAAUUUUGUAUGGAACCAUUUUAAUUUUUAGUAAGAGAUUUUUGACGUGACAACGUCUUAUUAUAAUACGAUGGAGCCGGCUGCACGCACGAAAAAAUAUGACUCAUACGGCGUUACCUCGCUCUGAGGCGUUCCAUUUAAGGCUUGAAGUGCAAGCGAGAGCGCGCAACGAGCGACAAAGAGGCACGAUGGGCCUCCGCGUUCGGCAGCGUUCGACAUCUGUCUCUCUCCUACUUGAGUGAGCGAUACAUCCGCGUGGACAGCUGCUAUACAAUAAUACAAUUCAAAGCACAUUCAUACUUGUAAAAAAAACUAUGUAAUAGGGAUUUCCAUUUACCUCCUUCUCUAUAUUCAUACAAAAUAUGUAUCAAACAAAUAAAAUUAAAAUUUUCUUUUGAAAUGUGAAACCAUUCCAUCAGUUUCUUAUGACGUUGUCACGUUGACCUGUCGUCAGUAAACCGACUUUACAGACAACCGAUUUUUUUAUCUUGUAUUUAUUAUAAUUUGAACACUAAUGUCUCCAAAUUUAAUGUAGGACGUCUAUAUAUUCAAAAAAUUAAACCCGGUAACUUCAACACGCAAUGGUCUAUUUCAGUCGGUCAUUAGCCGUUUUGACGGCAUAUUAUUAUUCCACUGUAAUUGGAUCUAGACAAAAACAAGUAAACAAUUAAUUAGAAAUAAUCGUAUCUACUCCAGGAUUCAAUAAGACGUCCUAUAAAUAAGACCAAGCGCAAAACCAACAAAAUAAUUAGUACGUAGCGUUCCAUGUAUCAAUCACAUAUUAAUUGAGGAAUUAAUCCUACCUAGCCUUCGAAGCAAAACAUAAAAAUCGACUUUCUGCACGAAUUCCUAACACUCAUUUUUGUGUAUUUUAUUAGUGCCUCGACCGAGACUGGACUUAUUUUUAGAUCGAUUACGUGGUUCAUUACAUACAUUACUGAUUUUUUAAUAAUUAAGGUAAUUUGGAAAUGUUUAGUUUGAAGUAUACUGUGGUUGGACUUUAUGUCUGUACUGUCAAUAAAUCGAUAAAGAUAUUUUUUAUCUUCACAAACUGACUGUUUUGUAACAUUAGCACAAAAUUAUCACGACGUUAAUCUUUAGCGAAACGAACGUAUUGUAGAAAUGCAUGGAAUCGGAAAUAAAAUAUGUAUUUU